AUGGCGGAGCGGGGCCUGGCGGCGCUGCCGCUGCCGCAGCUCCGGGCGCAGCUGCGGGAAGCGCGCCACGCCAACGCCCUGCUCCAAACUGAGGUGGAAAUGUUUGAGAAAUGGUACCGUAAGAUGGAGCCAUGCGGCCCGUCACUCCGGCUGCUGUCUGAGACACACGGUGCCCCACCGGAGCUGAUGCAGACACGUGGCAGGUACAAAUCCAAGUCGCAUGGUGCGACAGACUAUUUUGUAGGCCUGACAGUGGAGCAGAAAUAUGAGCUGGCUGAGCGGGAGCUGACUGAGCUGAGGGAUGAGAUUCAGAGGAUGAAUGAGGACUCGGAGCAGACCUUGAAGAACCUCGAGGCAGUCAUUGAAGAAGCAGAAGUUUGGUGGACCGAUGUUAAGAAAGCCAUCAGUGACUUUGAGAAAGACAUCAUCAGCACCACCUCCAGCAAGAAAGGGAAUAUUGUAGCUUCUGAAAAGUUGCUGAGAUACAUGGAGGAAAAGAACCGCCAGAGGGAUCUGCUGAGAGAGAAGUUGCGCUUAAAAAAUUAUUUGCUCAAGGGUUACAAGAAGAAGCUGCAGCAGCAGCUCACGCAGAAGGAGCAGACGGGAGAGACACUCUGUGAGGUCCAUCUACAGCAGCUGCAGGUUAGAAAUGCCCAGUACCAGGAGAAGAUUGAUGAGAAGAACCAGGAACUGCUGCAGCUAAAACUGACCUCAGGAAAGACUGUCCAAGUCCUCAACCUCUAUAAAAGGAAGCUGCAGGACGCCAUGGAAAUGUCCAUGUCUCUGAUGAAAGACAUCUCCCAGAGGAAGGAGCUGCUGGAGAAAAUGGAAAGAGAAGCCGCUCUGGUGGAGGAGCAACGAGCCAAAGCUGAGAGUGUGAAUCGGCAGCUGCGGAAACAGCUUUCAGACUGCAGCGUCCCUCCUGUGCUGAGUUACGUGCAGAAGAAGAUGGCUGUUACUGAUCUCAGAAACAGCCUCAAGGCUUGGGAGAGGAAAGUGGCAGUUGCCGAGAUGUCCUUGCAAAGCUACUGCAGGGCAUGGAAUCAGGUCAAGAUGUCUGGUAACCAGCACUAGGCUUGUCUGAUGCUGCAAGGCGGGCAGGGGAAGCUGCAGAAGGAGCCAACCCUGUGGGGAAGUUUGCUGUCAAGUGGGUAAAUUAACACCCCACGAGCUGCAAUGAGAUGAAACCACUUCUGCAUGAAAUGAUAAAGACACUCAUGGCUCUGCUGUGAGUCCAUUGCUUUGGUCUGUCCCAGCACGUGCUGGCUUCCACAAAGCUCCGCUGCCUGGCCCCUCCGCAGGCUCUGCAAGGCCAACCAGCUCCGCUCUGGGUGCUCCCCCCUCCCUCCGUCACCACAAGCAGUUAUUCUCUGGUCAUCAAAUCCGACAUGCUCACAGGAACUGUCCUUUCUUUCUGGGCAAGCCCUGGUGACCACUUAAUGCGGGAGGAACCAGAGCGGAUUCCCUGGGAGACAUGAAAGUUCAGCAUCUCCCAGAGUGCACCAACAAUGGAAGAGAGCAGAGCAGUGUGACCAUAUAGGGCAAAUCAUUUCACCAUGGCAUGCACAAAGCAAGCAGCCUUUCUGAUUGCAAAAGGAUUUACCUAAAGAAGCAAAACAGCAAGAAGGGAGCAGCUACCCUUUUCCCAAGCACCUGGGGCAAGUUUAAGCAUCCCUUGGAGAUGGGAAGUGUUUUCCCACUGCAGGAAUUAUAAAUCAUCUCA